GAGGAGAAGGAGGAGGAGGAGGGGGCGGCCGGGCCCAUCCCCACCCCCUGCCCUGGGGAGGCGCGGGCAGGUGCCGCUGGCGGGCGGGGAGCGGCGGCGCCGUGCGGGUGGGAGCCGCGCUGACAGCGGGGCGGGGACGAAACGCUGCUCUGAACAACGGCUCCUCGUCCCCGUCUGCAGCGCUGCCGUUCGGGAACGUUGGAUCCUUGUUGGGCAUCCAUAAACAGGGGAAUUCUGAUUUGCGAUGAGUGCUGCAGCGUUCACCGGAGUUUGGGGCGUCAUAUCUCUCAAGUGAGACAUCUCAAGCACACACCAUGGCCUCCAACACUGCUGCAGAUGGUUGAAACACUGUAUAAUAAUGGUGCUAACUCCAUAUGGGAACAUUCGUUGCUGGACCCUGCUUCUGUUAUGAGUGGAAGGCGCAAAGCUAACCCUCAGGAUAAAGUGCAUCCCAAUAAAGCUGAAUUCAUUAGAGCUAAGUAUCAAAUGUUAGCAUUUGUCCAUCGCUUGCCAUGCCGUGAGGAUGACAGUGUGACUGCCAAAGAUCUCAGUAAGCAACUCCAUUCCAGCGUGAGGACGGGGAAUCUGGAGACGUGUUUGCGAUUGCUCUCCUUGGGAGCCCAGGCCAACUUCUUUCAUCCUGAGAAAGGAAACACCCCGCUCCACGUUGCUGCUAAGGCAGGACAGACUUUACAAGCAGAGUUAUUGGCAGUGUAUGGUGCUGAUCCUGGCACACAAGAUUCUAAUGGAAAAACUCCAGUUGACUAUGCAAGACAAGGUGGGCACCAUGAACUGGCAGAGCGCCUGGUAGAAAUUCAGUAUGAACUCACUGACAGGUUAGCUUUCUAUCUCUGUGGCAGAAAACCAGAUCAUAAAAAUGGACAACACUUUGUUAUACCUCAGAUGGCGGAUAGCAGUCUGGAUUUAUCAGAACUUGCAAAAGCAGCUAAGAAGAAGCUUCAGUCUCUAAGCAACCACUUAUUUGAAGAACUUGCCAUGGAUGUGUAUGAUGAAGUUGACAGGAGGGAAACAGAUGCAGUUUGGCUUGCUACUCAGAAUCAUAGUACUCUUGUGACAGAGACCACAGUGGUCCCUUUUCUUCCUGUAAAUCCUGAAUAUUCCUCAACCAGAAAUCAGGGAAGGCAGAAACUGGCUCGGUUUAAUGCUCAUGAGUUUGCUACACUAGUUAUAGAUAUUUUAAGUGAUGCCAAACGAAGACAACAGGGGAAUCCUCUCUCUGGUUCAAAAGAAAAUGUGGAACUGAUACUCAAGUCAAUCAGCAAUCAACAUAGCAGUGAAAGUCAGGAUAAUGACCAGCCUGAUUAUGACAGUGUUGCUUCAGAUGAAGAUACUGAUCUGGAAACAAAUGCAUCUAAAUCAACAAGGCAGAAGAGCCUGGAUUCAGACUUGUCAGAUGGACCAGUGACAGCCCAAGAGUAUCUGCAAGUUAAAAAUGCACUGGUGGCUUCUGAGGUAAAGAUUCAGCAGCUAAUGAAAGUGAACAUCAACUUGAGUGAUGAGCUGAGAAUCAUGCAGAAAAAGCUCCAGACGCUACAGAGUGAAAAUACCAACCUCAGAAGACAGGCCACUACAAACAUAUAUCAGGUCCAAACUGGUUCUGAGUACACAGACCCUACCAACAAUUCUUCCUUAAAGCGACGACCGUCUGCACGGGGUAGCAGGCCCAUGUCCAUGUAUGAGACUGGAUCAGGUCAGAAACCCUACCUCCCUAUGGGAGAGGUCACAUACCCAGAAGAAAGCAUAACAAGACUGCAACCUUUUCCUCCACACAUCGGGAGGAGUGCGUUUGUGACCUCCUCUUCAUCUCUACCUUCCUUCCCCUCCACGCUUUCCUGGUCAAGGGAUGAAAGCACACGAAGGGCCUCGAAGCUGGAAAAGCAGAGCAGUGUGCCUGAGAGCGACUAUGAUAACACCACUGCCCCUCUGGAGCUGGAGGAGACAGGGUCGGGCAGGAAGGGAAGGCAGAGGAGCGUUGUUUGGCAGGGAGAGGGGUCCAUCCCUGAGGACACCGACACAGCCCCCAGCUCCAGUUUGCCCAGUACAGAAGAUGUGAUUCGGAAGACUGAGCAGAUCACUAAGAAUAUUCAGGAACUGCUGCGUGCAGCACAGGAGAACAAGCACGACAGCUAUAUACCGUGCUCUGAGAGAAUACACGUGGCAGUGACAGAAAUGGCAGCCUUGUUCCCAAAAAAACCCAAAUCUGAACUGGUAAGGACUUCUUUGCGCCUGCUGACAUCUAGUGCCUACAGACUCCAAUCCGAGUGCAAAAAAACCCUUCCUGUGGAGACGUGUCCCACGACAGACAUCCAGCUGGUCACACAGCAGGUCAUCCAGUGCGCCUACGACAUCGCCAAGGCUGCUAAGCAGCUGGUUACCAUCACAACCAAAGAGAACAACAACUGAGUCACACUUGGCUUUUUCGCUUUUUUUUUUUUUUUUUAAGGUUGAAUUUCAAAUACAGGUGUGGAACUAUUUGGAUUUUUAUGAGGAAAAACUAAAGGGGCAAGAAACCUCUUUUUUUUUUUUUUAAACUCAGUAUUAUUUUUGCAUGUUUUCUAACAAUUUUAAUGAUUAAUUUAACCCACUGCCUUAUUUUGUGCCUGUGUUGCCAGUUUAGUUACAGAUAGUAGCAUGUUGCAAAUAGCUGUUGAGCCAAUAUCAUGUACCAGCAUUGUAUCAAGCUCUUGCUAGAUUUUUCCUUGGGGCCACUUGCUGCUUUCAGAUAUUGCUUGCCAAAUCCCCACUGAAGACAACUGCACAUAUCAGAGGGCAGAAUCUCACCCCUGCUCUGCCCAUCCUGGAGCCUCGUGUGCAGUGCUGCUGCUAAUGGAGAAACCUGCAGUGAAGUGGGCUCUGAAGGCUCCAGGACAACUGCUCACCAGCAGCAGGAUGCUUGUAGUCCUGGUGAUGGAGUACAAGCCAAACUUGACCUGUUCCCAUAUCAACUGUUGUGCAAUAAUAGUACAUUUUUAGUCUGCUGAAACAAUAGUAGCUGUGGGCAUCCAAGCUUGUUACAUGUAACUAUACAAGGUCUUUGUCACUUUAUCUGUUUUGGAAGGAAUUUGAAUUUUAAUAGUUAUUUCUUUUAGUUGUCACUAUGCCGUUAAUAUAUAUGUUUGGUGUUACUUUAGGGCAUUAGUGGUUAAAAUAUUAUCCUUCGUUUCUGGCUCAGUAACUCAUUUUUAAGUUUCCUAUGGAAUUUCUCUGUCAUCUUCAAGGCAAUAUCAUGUUUGCUGCAGCAUUGAUGCAAUUUCACUGAAGAUUUGUGAUUUAAAAGGAAAAAAAAAAAAGGAAGCUAUAGUGCCAGUUAAAAGAAACUGUGUCUGCCAUAGCAUAUAACCUCUGUACCUCACCGUAUCCAAAUGUGAAACGAUUUCUUAUAUCCCAUAAGUUUUUUGCAAAGCAUUCUACAUUUGUCAGGCUGUAUCCUGAAUAACCCACGCUGGAGAGGUAAAUAGGUGGUAAAUAUCCACGUGCAAUUCAGCUUUUUCCAGUUCAUGAAACUUCAAAAAACACAUAAGACCAUAAUUACAAAAAAAAAAAAAAACAGAGCUCUUUGGGAGUCUAAACUGCAUGGAAAAUGGGCUAAACUUUUGCCUCCUUGCAUCCAUCCUCUUUGGAAGCAUGCUGUGAUGCUGAAGGAGCCCUCUGUAGCAGUUCAGCUGGCAGCCAGUUCAGGCAGUGUUUUAUGUAGGAGCGAAGCUGCAGAGCUGUAGCAGCUGUCACAUGUCAGCAGUUGAUGAGAACAUUCAGACAGCUUUCACAGAAACAUUUGAGUCAGGAAUGGGUGUCUGCUGCUUGACAAACAGGGCUGCAGCACAGAGCCUGCCAGCAAGGCUUCCUGCUGGAAAAACUGUCGUAUGGUGGUUAACAAAUAAACUUCAGCCAUUCCUUCCUUUUCAGGUCACACCGUGUUUGUAUGUACGUAUAAACACCAAGUGCCCUAAUGCUGUGGGAUUCUUGUAUGUUGUACUUA